UUGACCUCUAGACUUCACUGCCCUCAUUCGACAAAUAGCCUCAGUUUCCUGGUCUGUGCAAUGGGGCCUUAAUGCCAACCGGACAAGAUCGGGGUGGAGAAGCCACUCGGCACAGCCCCGGGCCCCCCAGAAGGCCUUUAUAUGUGCCGUUGUCCCCAGGUCACCGUGAACCCAGGGCAAGUGUCCGUUUCCCCCAAGCGGGCCUCCCCGCACUGCAGCUCCCCAGCCAGCGGGGCUCUAACCUCCUCAGCCUGCAGGGCUCAAGUGCGCCCCCUAAGGCCCACGAUUUCCUGUGCCCCCAGGUCCUCCGGGCUAAAGAUCCCACAGCCCAGGUGGAGGUUGACGCGCCCCUCGCCCCGCAUCUAAGGAAGAACCAGUUACCCCCCCCUCUGCCCACCUUUCCAGGAGGUUGUAAUUUUAGAUUUCCCCGGGCGCUUUCCCCUUUCCCCUUUGCCUGUCAUUGGCAAAGCCCCCGCCGCUUGCUCACGGAGCCCCAGCAGCCAAGUUAAAAGAGUGAAGGAUUUGCUGAUCAGAUUUACUCCUGUAUCGGAGCUGCGGAAACUGAAUUUAAUUUUCAUCUCAGAUACAGCUGGCUCUGAAUGAUUUUCGCCUCGACGUGGUAGCACAUGAAUUGGAGCCGGCCUCCAUCUCCUAGCUUUCAGGGGUUACUUCAUUUCCCUGCGUUUAGGAUGACUUUGCCACCAUCUGUGAACUCCCACAUGGGGCAAGUGGAAGGUUGGCUAUUGGUCUUCCCAUUGCCUUCCUUCACGGUCUUCCGUGCAAAGGCUUAAUGUUACAGGCUGAGCCUUCAGCAGGCCGCCUGGAUUGGGCUCCGUCUUACAUAUUGAUCCUAGAGGAAGCUCCACACUCGGUGCCUCCAUUUACCCCAGUGUACCACGUGUGUGUUGUUCUACACGUGUGUCAGGAUGUGGAGAAGGCGGGAGAGCUUGAAGGCCAUGUGGUGGAGAAAGAUGUGGAGCCUGGGGAACCAUCCAUAGUUCACUUGUGUUCUUUCUCUCUCUCCUCUCUCUCUCUCUCUGAGAUUAUAAUACUCAAAUGGUUCUUUUAUAUCUUAUAAUUAUGCAAAUGCUAAAAGCAAACGUGGGGUGAAGGGGAUAGAUAUGUAUUUUUCUAUUGUCCUUUGCUUUCGUUAACCUGGUUGGGCAAUAAGUUAACUGCGGUUAGUCAAAACAGAAAUUACUUGUAGAGUGAGUGAGCUAUGAAAUGCAGAUGGCUCUAUUGCCAGGUGUAUCUUUAGGGACCUCCUGAAGACGGGACAGCACUUCGUUUUAGCCACCCCCACCCUCCACCAGUGCUCUGCAUUGGCUACUGUACGCUACAUGCACCCUUGCGUCCCUUGGAUAAAACGUGGCAAUUAAAUGCUAUCCGAUGUCAUUUAUUUAUGAACAAAUGAAACGGAAAUGUUGAGAGCAGUUCAAUGGCAUCUCCAUCUCUUAACCCAUAAAAUAAAUAAUUCAGUGAGCAUAUCAAUUUCUUAACAUUGCUUAGGAAAAUGUUUACUAUUUCAACUCAGCGGUUGAAAAUGAUAACUUUGGUGAUAUUAUUAUUUCAAACUUUUUCAUAGAUGUAAACGGCUUAUUAUUUUCAAAAAAAAUAGAUGUAAAUGACCUUUAUGAAAAUGCCAGGCUGUGUUGUUUUGUCUCACUAAACAGAGCUGAGCAUUAUCCCACGGAUUUAAAAUGAUGUUAUUACAUCAAGUGCCCUCCUUAAUGCCCAUCACCCAGUUGUACUGGGUACUAUAUGCAACUGAUGCAUCACUAAAUUCUACCUCUGAAACUAAUAAAAUAUUUUUAGGAAAAAUUUUUAAAUAAAAUAUUAUUAUUACUCAUGUAGGCCAGUCACUCCCCUGAUUUCUUUGCUUUCUGGCUUCUCGGAAUGCUGCAUCUAAGUAGCAGAGACAGAGGGAAGACAACCACUGAACACCCACCCCGUCUGAUCCAUUUGUAGGCUUAUUCUCUGGGCCUCCUGCCAGUGCAGCUCUUGUCUGGGCUGUGAGCUCUCAAAAACUAGGGCUGUCCCAUUGCUGACUGUCGCCAGGCAGGCUGUCCUCUCCCCAGGGUCUCAAGAGCAGGGUAGUGGCAAAGUAGAUUUCUUAAGGGAAGUGACUCUUGAAUCAUCCUCUUUCUUUUUCACAAUUCAGCCACUAAUCUACAGGAGGCAAAAAGCCGAUCCAGAUGAUGUUUAAAAGAUAGAGAAAAUCUUGGAAAAUGUAUACAAGUCAUGAAGACAUUGGGUAUGAUUUUGAAGAUGACCCCAAAGAUAAGAAGACACUUAAGUCCCAUCCAAACAUUGACAGUGGAUGGGCUUGGAUGGUGGUUCUUUCCUCCUUCUUUGUGCAUAUCCUUAUUAUGGGCUCCCAGAUGGCCCUGGGAGUCCUCAACGUGGAAUGGCUUGAAGAGUUCCAUCAGAGCCGUGGCCUGACUGCAUGGGUCAGCUCCCUCAGCAUGGGCAUCACUUUGAUUGUGGGACCUUUCAUUGGCUUGUUUAUCAACACCUGUGGGUGUCGCCGGACUGCCAUCAUCGGAGGGCUGGUGAACUCACUAGGCUGGGUACUGAGCGCCUAUGCCGCAAACGUGCACUAUCUCUUUAUUACCUUUGGAGUGACAGCUGGCUUGGGCAGCGGGAUGGCCUACCUGCCGGCCGUGGUCACGGUGGGCAGGUACUUCCAGAAGAGACGCGCGCUGGCGCAGGGCCUCAGCACCACCGGGACGGGGUUCGGCACGUUCCUCAUGACGCUGCUGCUCAAGCACCUGUGCGCGGAGUACGGCUGGCGCGACGCGAUGUUCAUCCAGGGCGCCGUGUCCUUGAACCUGUGCGUGUGCGGCGCGCUCCUGAGGCCCCUGGCGGCGCGCGGGGACCCCGAGGGCCCGGGCGGGGCGGCGCCGGCUCGCCCGCCGGGACCGGGACCGGGACCUGGACCUGGACCGGGGCCGGGGGCCGCGGACCCCGAGGAGCAGGCGGGGGAGCCCCGGGGCGCCCUCGGGGUCCUCAAGACGGCCGGCCGGCUGGGCAGGAGGGUCCGCAAGGGCUUCCGCGACUGGUCCUCGGGCUGCUUCGGGACCGCCUCGCUCUUCACCAACCGGAGGUUUGUCGCCUUCGUUCUCUGGGCCUUGUUCGCCUACAGCAGCUUUGUCAUCCCCUUCAUCCACCUCCCGGAGAUAGUCCACUUGUACCGUUUGUCCGCGCAGAACGACGUGUUCCCUCUGACCUCCAUCAUAGCCAUGGUGCACAUCCUCGCAAAAGUGAUCCUGGGCGUCGUGGCCGACCUGCCCUGCAUCAGCGUCUGGAACGUCUUCCUGAUGGCCAACUUCACCCUCGUCCUCAGCAUCUUCAUUCUGCCCCUGAUGCACACCUACGCCGGCCUGGCCGUCAUCUGCGCCCUGAUCGGCUUUUCCAGCGGCUGUUUCUCCCUGAUGCCCGUGGUGACCGAAGACCUGGUGGGGAUCGAGCACCUGGCCAACGCCUACGGCAUCAUCAUCUGUGCCAACGGCAUCUCGGCGCUGCUGGGACCACCUUUCGCAGGCUGGAUCUAUGACAUCACAGAAAAAUACGAUUUUUCCUUUUAUAUAUGUGGCUUACUCUACAUGGUAGGAAUACUCUUUUUACUCAUUCAGCCAUGUAUUCAAAUGAUAGAACAAUCCAGAAAAAAAUACCUGGAUUCUGCCCACGUUUAGCGUCAUGUUGUGUUUCCUGGAAGAUUUCUUUGUGGUACUCAUGCCUACCUCACAUGGUUGCUGUGAGGAGCCUGUGACGUUGUGGGGGAAGUGCUUUGUAUGGUUGCUGGCACUGUCACUUGUAAAUGCCAUGGUCACGACUUCAUCUGAAAGCUUCACUGCCUCUUGGGUUGGGAAGAAGCAAUGCGCGCAAGGUAUGUAAGACUUACCUGCUUUUUAGAGAUGACAAUGUCCUUCGAAGAUGGCCUGUUAAAUAAUUGGUAGAAAUGCCCUUACAGAAACUAUUCCAUCAUCACCCACUGGGCCUAAGCUUUUAGAUACAGCUUUUGAAAAACCAAGAUGAGGAAUAAAAUCUUUUCAACUCAA